AUGUUCGCGGCACGGCUCCCAAAACGCGUCCCUCGUUUGCCGCAUCCCAUCCGCAGAAUAUCUUCCUCGUCAUGCCGCCGUUCCGAUGCUCUCUUCGUGCACCGUGACACGACCUACAACAACCCCAAGAUCCCAUUCGAGUUCACCACGGAGAACCUGAAGCGCGCCCAGGAGAUCAUCUCGCACUACCCGCCCCAGUACAAGAAGGCCGCCGUCAUUCCCCUCCUAGACCUCGGCCAGCGGCAGAACAAGGGCUGGACGAGCAUCAGCGUCAUGAACUACGUUGCCAAGCUCCUCGAGAUGCCCCCCAUGCGUGUGUACGAGGUCGCGACCUUCUACACCAUGUUCAACCGAGAGCCCAUCGGCGAGAACUUCGUCCAGGUCUGCACGACGACGCCGUGCAUGCUCCGCGGCGCGUACGACAUCGUCGACACCGUCUGCAGCCACCUCGGCGGGCUCAAGCCCGGCGACUCCACCAAGGACGGCAAGUUCACCGUCAUCGAGGUCGAGUGCCAGGGCGCCUGCAGCAAUGCACCCAUGAUGGCCGUGAACGACGAUUUCUACGAGGACCUCACUCCGGAGACGACGAAGAAGAUACUGGAUGCAUUUGCGAAGGGUCAGAAGCCAAAGCCGGGUCCUCAGAGUGGACGGCAUACGAGCGAGAACUCGGCAGGUCUGACGGCGCUCACGUCAAAGCCAUACGGUCCAGGCGAGUUUUGCUCACCAGAGUUCCAGUAG